AUGGAGUUCACCAAGAUUCUGAACGAAGUCGACAUUGAAGUUGACCAGGUAUGUUUAAUAUCUUGGAACCGUUUAUAAAAAUAUUUUAUUAUUACAACUAGAGCUUUUUAGCUAGAUUUCUUUAUCAAUAAAAUUUGACAAUGUAAGCUAAUGCUUCCUCUGUGUCUUCUAAAAUUUAACCUGCGAUUAGCAACUGGAUCGGUGCUGGCUCUGGAGCUCUGCCUAUAAUAAUAAAUAAUUUUUUUAAUUAAAAUACAAAUAUCUUCCAGAAAUAAGUUUAAAAAAGUAGUUGAAUUAUUCUUACAUAAUCCCUUUCGAUUGUUCAUUGUUAUGUUUUUAGGAAAAUGAUUUUGCACAAAAAUUAAAAGAGAUGCAAGAAGAAGUAAACAAAAUAAAGCAUCUCCACAAGAUGCCAAGUGUAUCACCGCCGCUCGUCGCCUACCCAAACGGCCAAACCGCCUUAUCAUUGGAGGAGAAGCAGGCCUGCGAUGCCAAAUCAGUCUUCGUAGGCAACGUUGACUACAGCGCCACUCCGCAGUCGUUAGAACGACACUUCCAAAAUUGUGGCAAAAUCGAGAGGGUAACAAUCUUGUCGGACAAGUUUAGAGGCACGCCUAAAGGGCUAGCCUACAUUGAGUUUGCUGAAUUGACCGGAAAAGGAAAAGCAUUGGCCCUGGACAAGAGUUUCUACUUAGGAAGGCAACUCAAAGUUACCGAAAAGAGGACGAAUAAGCCAGGUAUUGGCAAUGCUACCCGACUAACACGCGGCAUGGUCAAAGGUAAUACUGUACCUAGAGGAGCUUUUGGUACAGGACGACAAGGAGAAGGCCCAGUAAAAACAAUUGUUAAAUACGUGUACCCUAACAGAGGUCGUAGAGGACCUCGUCGAGGAUGCGGCUAUAAACCUUUCUAA